AUGGCCAUGGGAAUGUACGCCUCGUACCUCAGCUCUAAGACGGUCUUCCCGUCAAACGUGUCGCGAGUCGUGCCGAAAAAAGUCGCGAUGGCCCCACAUUGUGGGGAUUGGACGAAAUCUAUCUCAUCUACAGCUUCCUUGUCUCCAUCAGCUGCAACAGCAUCCUCUCCUGAGGGCUUUUCCACAUCCACUGUUUUCUCACCUUCAUUGACAACUUCCUCGGUCACUCUAAAACAACGAAGACAAAAGUUAAUAGCCAGACAAGGUGGAGGUAAGGAAAACAUGUACAAAUUCACGAUAGUGCAUCAACGAAUUCUAUCUCAACAAAGGGAAUACUCACUGAGUGAGUUCAUCAGUCUGUGUUCCCCAGUUACCUCGGCCAGCUCCCUCGCGUUUGAUUUCAUUUCUGUGCACAAAAUGGGUAAGCAACUUAGAAUAUGGAUCCGUUCCACUACGCCGCUCGUAUGCCCUGCGAUCACGGAAUUCUCCAUCUCCAUUGCCGAAACCACCCUGGCGGCCACCACAAUCAAACACAUCGGGCGCACCUUGACCAACAGAUAUUUCCCUGUUGCCAUACGAAUUCUCAUUGGAGGUAGAGUCUCUGUAAGAUCCACUGCCGCCACCACGACCACGCCCGUAGCUACGGCCACCACCUCGGCCACCUCGUGCAGAUUCGGAUUUUGCCUCUCUUACUACAUUGAGAUAGAAGCAUUGAAGUGUGAGACAUUUAACGGAGAAAGAGCUAACCAGCCUCAGCUGGCGGUGGAGGCUUGGAGGGAAGCCUGGGCGCUGCAGCCGCCUUGUUCUGCGAUUGUGGCCCCUUUGCUGCCGCCGCCGGUUUCCCCGACGAACCCGAGGUUUUCUUCGGCUCGGCCUUCUGCGGCUGAGCAGCAAUCAGCAGCGACGGAUCAUCCGUAUCGUUAUCGCCCAGCAAAUCAAACGGAUUAA